AUGGGAGGGAAUGAGUUAUUCAAAGUCAAGACCGAGGAAGGAAAGCAGUAUAUGUAUCUCACCCGCUACGUCGAUUGGCAAUUCCUAAACUUAAAUGCCUUGUUUAAUACACAUGUGGGAACCAUCAAACAAACGGUGAUGUUGUAUUGCGAUGUAGUCGAAUCGACCAUCGUUGGGACCCAAAAACAUUCGUUGUUGAGAAAAGUGGAAUUGGAGCGUCGGGGACAGGGCCGAGCUACGGUAGAACCCCUUCAUCGCGAAUGGAUUCGACUGCGUAGCAAACGAGUGGAAAUCAUUGAAGUGUCCCUCGCUACACCUCGUGGAUCCUUGUUGGUCCUACCUACAGGCAAAACACUCGUGACCCUAGGGUUUCGACGAGUAUAAAAGAAUCCUCUCCUCUCUGAUGACACAGUCUUUCAUCAUGUUGGGUGGGUCACUCACACGAUAUCAUACCCCCACUCUGAAAGGAAAAGGGUUUUCACAAGAGUUGGUCAAAUUAGCUGGACCCACAUUGCUUCGAUCCAUUGGACAUGGCCUUGACGCGUAUGAAAAAGGGGCGUCUGCUGCAGAGGCCGUUAAAAGCUCAAGCCAAGUGUUAAAACGAGGUCUGAAAAGUAAAAUUCCCGCAGCCGUAGGUCUUUAUGCCAAAACCAAAGUUAAAGAAAGCUAUAAAAAGAAACGACAAUGCGUCAAAGACAUUUUAGGCGUGUAAUCAUGCAACGUGGACAAAAAUCACAAUCCCGUGUGAGACAUCAACGAUCCGUUGGUCGUUACAAUUCACCCUACGAACGGGGUGGUACUAUUUUUAGCCCCAUGAAUCCCUGGGCCAUGACCUCCUACAAACCCCAUGGGGUAGACCCUUUGAGGCUACGUCAGUUAAGAAAAAAGGCGAAAAGACGCACUAAACAGAAAGGAGGACGUGUGCACAAAGUCACUUAUCCAUGGACCACCAAAGGUCGACAGUAUAAAAGGCGUCGCAGACGACGUUAAGCCAUCACUCUGUCAACAUGUCAUUGAAUCUGUUCGACGUCCCAGACAUUGACUAUCGGUAUGAAGCCAAACGUUGGAUUCCUUUCAAACCUGCCAAUACGGGGAGACGACCUAUUCUCUUUACGGUCCCCUCCUCAGAACAUUACUAUGAUUUAAAUGAAACCAAGUUGGAAGUGAAAGUACGUAUGAAUACGACAGGCACAGGAGGUCUUGAUGAUGAUGAAACAGCUGCCUCAGAUGGCAAUGACACAAAAUAUGUGUAUUGUGCCAACAAUUUUGGGCAUACCCUCUUUAAUCAAAUGAAUGUGAGCUUCAACGGCGUAUUGAUGACGGAGCAAAGCAAUGCCUAUCACCACAAAGCCUACGUAGAAACAAUGUUGAAUUACAGUCGUGAAGAAGGAAAAACCACCCUGGCUGCUCAAGGAUGGGUCAAUGAACUGAAUGUGCGUGCUUCAUUAACCCCUACCAAUGCUGGUACUAAUGAUAAGCCCAAUCCCAGUGACUGGGAUGGAAAAACAGGGCUCAAGUCCUUAACCCGCCGUUUGCUAGGCAAAGCGUAUCAUACCUUUAUGAUCAAACCUCACGUGUCCGUGUUCAGAACAGGCAAAUGUCUGGUGCCAGGGGUUCAAAUUGAUCUAGAACUCUAUUUGAACGACAGUAGCCUGUUUCUCUUUGGAACGCCAGACACGACCACCUCCGUAGGCAAAAAGAUUCCCACCCUAGAAGACAAUGACAUCUUUGUCACUCUCUGGAUGAAAAAAGUCACUCUCAAUGCCUCCGUGUAUACCAGACUGCAGAAAGAACGUAGCCUUAGUAAAACCAAGAAAGUACAAUAUCCUGUGGUUCGCAGUGAAAUCAGAACCUAUUCGUUUGAUGGCAAUAGCACCCGUUGGGAACAAGACAAUGUUUUCGUGAACAAAAUUCCUGGGAAGGUCAUUAUAGGAUUAAUGAAUUCCACCAAUUACCAUGGAAGUCUGCAACACUACCCCUUUGCCUAUCAAAAGUUUGGGGUGACCCGAGUCCGACAGACGAUUGACGGCGAAGAGUACCCGUACAGAUCC